AUGGGCAAGAAGGGCAAAAAGAAGAACAAUAAGACCAGCAACAACCGCCUUCCCGUCGGCGCUGCUCCAAACGAGCCAGAAGAAAGCACCAACCAGCCUGCCCUCGACUCGGAGGCUGCAGGUGCUGAAGAUGAACUCAGCAGGUUUCAACCGGUGGAGCGUCAUUAUCAGACCUUCGAUUUCAACACCGCAUCUUAUUAUACUUAUCCUAUUUCAAUUCCCAAUGGCAAUGAUCUGACGGCACCUAAGGUCCAGGACGACACAGGGCCAAGUGCCGAGCAAGAGAAGGAGACUCCUCCAGCCGAGGCUGCAGUAGACGAACCAAGCGCGUCUCCGGAUGAACCCCCCGCACCAGCAGAAAAUGCAGGCGAUGAGCCUGCGCCGAGCGCAGAGGGCGAAGCUCCUGCAGCAGAGACCGCUGAAGAGCCGCCUGCAGAGGGUGCAGAAAGCGCAGAGCCAGAGCCAGAGAAGGCAGAAGAGGCUCCAGAACCCACAGCAGAUGACGGCGAAUCUAAAAAAGAUGACGACAAUGGAAACAAUGACGAAGAUUUUCCAGAAUGUGACCCUGAACUCGGACAUGGUGGAGUAGAGACUGAGAAGGAGGAAAUUGCCAAACAAGCAGCCGAAGACGCCGAAGCCGAAGGAGAUCCUGCCGAAGUAAAUGAAGAAAGCAAGGAUGCCCCGGGCGAAGAUCCGCCGGCUGAAGACAACACAGAGCCUGCGCCUGAAGCAGCUGCAGAGGAUGGUCCCAAGGACGAACCAGCUCCGUCGGAAGCAGUAGAGGACUCUCCACCCGCCGACGGUGCAGCCGAGACGGAGAAGGAAGCGGAAGCUCAGCCCGAAGAACCAGCACCGACAGAGCCGGAGCAACCGCCAGCAGAGGAGCCUGCGCCUGCGUCUGCAGAGACUUCUUCGGAAAAGAAGAAAAAGAAGAAGAAGGGAAAGAAAGCGAAGAAAGGUGCCUCGGAGGAAGAGCCUGAGCCUGCGCCUGCGCCUACACCUGAACCUGAACCUGCUGCUGAAGCCGAGCCUGAGCCUGCGUCAGAGCCUGUGGCCGAAGCAGCUUCCGAACCAACUGCUGAGCCUGAACCUGAUCCUGCUGCCGAAUCCGCUACUGAACCCGCUGCUGAACCCGCUACUGAACCCGCUGCUGAACCCGCUGCUGAACCCGCUGCUGAACCCGCUGCUGAACCUGAAGCUGAACCUGAAGCUGAACCUGAAGCUGAACCUGAAGCUGCUGCCGAGCCCGAGCCCACGCCUGCGCCAAAACCUGUGGCCGAAGCUGCUUCCGAACUCGUUGCUGAGCCCGAGCCCGCUGCUGAGCCCGAACCCGCUGCUGAGCCCGAACCCGCUGCUGAGCCUGCUGCUGAACCUGAAGCCGCUAUCGAGCCAGCUUCAGAACCCGCUGCUGAUCCUGAGCCUGAGCCAGUUGCUGAGCCCGCACCCGAGCCCGCCGCUGAGCCAGAGCCCGAGCCUGCUCCAGAGCCUGUGGCCGAGCCUGAACCCCAACCCGCACCGGUAGAGGCCUCUUCAAAGAAGAGCAAGAAAAAGAAGAAGGGCAAAGCCUCCAAAGCCGCCGAGAAGGCUGUGGAGCCUGAGCCCGAGCCCGCAAAGGAACCCGCCACUGACACAGCUCCUGAACCAGUCCCAGAGGAAUCUAAAGAAGAAGCUCCUGCUGAAGCUUCACCCGCGGAGCCUGCGACUACAUCGGAGGAAGCUGCUUCCGAGGCUGCUGGGGAAGUAAAAGAUUCACCCGCUGAGGCAUGCGUGCCCGAUUCGCUUGACAAUUCGGCCGAAAGUACAGUGGUGGAAGCGGCUGAAGAAGCGAAGGAUACGUCUAUGGAGGAGCCGGCUGCCCCCGAGCCUGAACAAGCUGCUGAACCAGCACAGAAUGAAGCGAAAGAAGAAGCACCCGGUGAAGCCGCAACCGCUAAGGACACGACAGAGGAAUCAAUUCAUGAAACCCCUUUCGAACAAACAGCGGAAGUGGCACCGGCAGAGGAGCCUUCUUUUGAACCGCCUACCGAAGAGCCAGCUGCUGAGGUGGCUCCCAAAGAAGUAGUCGCCGAAUUCAGUCCUGCGCCAGAGCCUACUCCAGAGGAAGCGCCUGCUGCGGCUGAAGCGACAGUUGAGGAGAAGGUUGAGGAGAAAGCGCCCCCAGAGGAAGCUGCAGCUAAAGACGAGCCCGCUACAGAGCCGCCCGCCGUCGAUGAGCCUGCUAUUGAUCCCCCUGCUGAUCCCGAGCCCGAGCUCGAGCCCACUCCCGCCGAGGAACCCACCCCGGAGGUACCUGUCGAGGAGCCUCUCGUAGCAUCCGCUGCUGAGGAAGCUCCAACGGUUGAAGAGCCUGCCGUCGAAGUUACUCCCAGCGAAGAGGCUGCGACUGAACCGCCCGCUGCUGAGGAGCCAGCCCCUGAGGAGCCUGUGGCGGCCCCUGAAGAACCCGAGGCUCCGGUCGAAAAGCCUGUUCCGGAGCCGGAGGUCGCUGAUCAGGUUGCACAAUCUCCCUCUGAACUACCAGCCGCAGAGGUCGCAGAAGCUCCUGCAGAAGAAGCAGCUCCCGAGCCAGUGGAGGAUGCACCUGAACCGGAGCCAGCCAUUGAGACAGCCGCGGAAGUCGCGCCUGAAGUCGAUGAAACAGCAAACGAGGCCCCUGCUCUCGCCGCACCGGAGCAGCCAGCAGCCGUUGAGCCUGCAGCUUUGGAGGCUGCAGCGCCUGAAGAGACUCCAGCUGAGCCACCGGUGGAGGAGCCCACUCCUGAAGUGGAGGAACCCAAGGAUAUCCCUGCUGGGGAAGUCCCAGCUGAAGCUGACCCAGAACCAACUCCUGCCCUCGUGGAAGAGCCAGCUGCUAUUGAAGAAGUCGCACCAAGAGAUGAAGCCCCAGAGCCAGUUCCAGAAGAAGCCCUAGGGCCUCGCGACGAGCACCAGCCCGUGUUCAUGGAGGACCAUGCUGGCGAUGCUGGCGAUGCUGCUGCUGCUAGAGAACGCCGACGCAAAAGACGCUCACCAAAUAGUGGCCGCGAUGGUCGUGAUGGUCGGGAAGGUCGUGAGACUAGUGGUCGUGAGCGACGGUACUCAAAGACAUCCUCCGAUGGACGUCGUGAUCAGCUCCAGCUUCAGCGCCAGAAGAGUGAACGUGGUGGCGUCUUCACUAACCGAUGGGCCAUGGCUUUGGAGGAAGCUCGUCGUCAGCAUGAUGAGAAAGAGCGAGCCAAGGCGCAGACUAAGCGGCAGUCCGAAGCCGUUGCCGCCGACAAAGUGCGCAGUGGGAUUCCUCCGUCGGAGAAGUCCAAGCGCUCGGAGCGUGCGGUGAAGGAAGCUGAACCACCGAUAGUCGAGACCAAGCCCAAGCGUCGUGCCUCUCAUCAAGAGUCGAGCCGCUCCGUUAAGCCUCCCCCGUCGUCGAAGGAGAUGUCCACCUCCGCUCCCAAGCCUAAGGCUUUCCUUCGGUACAUGAGCAACGGCCAAUCGGAGAACAAAGGCCCUCUCUUGCGCGUCAAUAGCUCCAAGUCCACGUCUAAGUCUGCAGCCCCGGCGCCUGAAUUGUCGCGUCGAGCUUCUACAUCCCAUAGCCAUGGCAGCAGUCACCGUGAGCGUGAUUCUCAUGAAGAGAGAAGAUCCAGUGGACGUUCCAGCGGACGUUCCAGCGGAUCACACUCUCGACGCGAGGAAGAUGCUGUCCGGCAAGAGAAGAGAUCUCGUCGUCGAUCUGUCGUUGAGCCCGAGGCCAAGCCCUGUGAGAAGGAGAUUCGCGAGAAAGAGAGAAAGCCGGAAGGUUCUCGCCGCCACCGAACUAGCCAGGAGAAGGAGCCCCGUGAGAGCCGUGAAGCCCGCGAGCCUCGCCCAAGCCGUGAGAACCGCGAAACUCGCGAUCGCACUCAUCGCCGCCGACGCGAUGAGUCUCCACCCAAAGAACAGUCGAAGCUUAAGGGACUCAUCAGAGCCAUCACUGCGUUCUAA